AUGUCCCCCGAGGGGCUGGCCGCCUGGCUCUGGUCCCUGGACGGCCUGCGGGACUGCGUGGCCUCGGGCAUCCAGGCGGUGAGGGACUGGGAUGCCACGGCCGUGGCUGCCGUGGGCUGCCUGCUGGUCCUGUUCGUGUGGUACUGCUACCAGGUGGGCCGCGAGCAGCCGCGGCCCUACGUGUCGGUGAACUCGCUGCUGCCAGGUGCCGAGGCCGUGGGCCUGCAGAACGGGUGUGCGGCCUGCCAGGCCCCCGAGUGCGCCCGCUGCGCGCGCGGCGACGGCCUGGACCAGAAGCUCUACCACAACCUGCAGGAGUACGCCAAGCGCUACUCGUGGGCCGGCAUGGGCCGCAUCCACAAGGGCAUCCGCGACCAGGGCCGCUACCGCGCCGGCCGGCCCUCCAUCCAGAAGCCCGAGGUCUUCUUCCUGCCCGACCUGCCCACCGCGCCCUACUUCGCGCGCGACGCACAGAAGCACGACGUGGAACUGCUGGAGCGCAACUUCCAGACCAUUCUGUGCGAGUUCGAGGCCCUGUACAAGGCCUUCUCCAACUGCAGCCUGCCGCAGGGCUGGAAGGUGAACAGCACGGCUGGCGGCGAGUGGCUCACCUUUUACUUGGUCAACCAGGGUGUGUGCAUCCCCAGGAACUGCAGGCGGUGCCCACGGACGUCGCGCUUGCUCGGCAGCCUGCGUACCUGCAUUGGGAACAAUGUGUUUGGGAACGCGUGCAUCUCCGUGCUGAACCCCGGGACGGUGAUCGCCGAGCACUACGGGCCCACCAACAUCCGGGUCCGGUGCCACCUAGGUCUGAAGACGCCGAGCGGCUGUGAGCUGGUGGUGGGGGGCGAGCCACAGUGCUGGGCGGAAGGCCGCUGCCUCCUCUUCGACGACUCCUUCCUGCACACCGCCUUCCACCAAGGCUCGGCAGAGGACGGUCCACGUGUGGUUUUCAUGGUGGACCUGUGGCACCCUAACGUGGCAGCUGCUGAGCGGCAGGCCCUGGAUUUCAUCUUUGCGCCAGGACGAUGAGGACACUGUCCUUGCCAAAGCCAGCAAGAUGGGCUGGCUGAGCCCAGCCAGGAGUGCAGGACGGCCGCACCGCACUGUGCCAGGCGCCACGCGGGUGCAGA